AUGCCCCGACCCGCUGAAGAAGAUCAUACUCCGUCAUCAUCAUCAUCAUCUUCGGUAAACAAUCUCGUUCCAAGAGAUGAAGGAGUGAUUUUUGCAAAUGUGGUAACGAAAGGUUCUACCCAGCAACCAAUUAUUAAUACACAAAUUGCUUUUAAGGACAAUGAAACAGUGGUGGAUGCUGAGCCAAAAAAGAUUACCCAAAAUGUCGAUCAAUAUUUUAGAGAAGUUCAAGAGAAGGAUGAACUUGAAAUUGCCGAAGAACAUCAACAAGCAUGUCCGGAAGAGACGGCAAACAUUUUCUCACGUCUUUCGUUUUGGUGGUUCAACGGUUUAAUGAAAACAGGCUACUCCAAAGUGCUUCAAAUGUCGGACCUUCACAAACUGCGAAAGGAAGAAGAAGCCAGUCAUCUUUCGGAAGAGUUUCAUAAGAAUUGGGAACGAGAGGUUGAAAAAGUUCGUGACAGAUCCAAUCUAGAAGGUCACGAAGUAGGAGAGCAAGAAAAAAAGAAAAAACAAUCCAAACCAAGUUUAUUAUACGCCUUGCACAAAACCUAUGGUCCACGUUUCUAUAUGGCUGGUUUAUUGAAAAUUAUUUACGAUAUUUCACAAUUGGUAAGCCCUUUGGUAGUUAAGUCUAUCAUUGCUUCCAUUCGUGAUUCUGCUGAAGUUCCUUGGUUUCAGCCUUAUUUAUUAGUUCUUGCCCUAUUUUUAUUGCAAACACUUGGUACAUUCUUUAUUCAACAAUAUUUCCACGUUGUAAUGACACAAGGAAUGCGGCUAAAGACUGGUUUGAGUGCAGCCAUUUAUAAGAAGAGUUUGAAACUUAGCAAUGCUGCUAAACUAAAACUGAAUUCUGGAGAUGUCAUCAAUUUCAUGGCCAUUGACUCAAACAAAUUGUGCGGACUGUUGACUUAUCUUCACAUGGUGUGGAGCGGAGUUUUCCAAAUUUCAGUUUGCUUAAUCAUGCUAUUCUCUCUGAUUGGAUGGUCCACUCUCGCCGGUUUUGCUAUUAUUAUUGUCGUUAUUCCGUUGAAUGGUCUCAUUGCAAGAGUCGUUGCACGAAUCCGAAAAAUAUUACUCAAAUUCACAGGAGAACGUAUCAAGAUGGUAAAUGAGGUCAUUCAAGGUAUUAGAAUUAUCAAAUUCUAUGCUUGGGAAUUAUCAUUUGUGAAGAAGAUUAUGGAAGUCAGAAAUAAGGAAAUUUGGAAAGUUACUCAAACAGCCUUGAUUGGCAUUGCCACAUCCAUGCUCAUGUCAAUGGCACCACUAUUUGUAGGCAUUGUCACGUUUGCAAUUUAUGCCGCCUCAGGCAACAUUUUGGAUGCAGAAAUUAUCUUCCCAUCUCUCUCGUAUUUCAACUUAAUUCGAUUCCCAACGACCUUCCUUCCAACUAUUUUAGCAUUUUUAGCUGAGGCAAGAGUUUCUUUGGACAGAAUUCAAAACUAUCUUCUCGCUGAAGAAACUGAGGAGACACCUAUUGGAACAGACUAUGAGUAUCCUGUUAUUGUUGAAAAUGGCAAUUUUGUUUGGAAGGGAGCUCAGGAAGCAGCUGCUAAAAAAGCCAAUCAAGGAGACAAAAAACCAGCUGAGAGCAAGGCUGCAAAAUUGUUGUCACUUUUUAAAAAGAAGAACAGUGCCGCCCAACAAGUAGAAAGCCCUACACCAACCAGUUCUAAAACAGUCAAAGAGGAAGAAGAAAAGAAGAAAUACAACAAGUUAGAAGACGAAGGAGAAGAUCAAGUUCGUGUUGAGCUCUCCAUGGAAGAUGUUGAAGAAGAGGAAAAAGAAGCAGAAUCUAAUCAACAGGGUGGCCUUCAAUUUAUUGAUGACGAAAAGAAAGAAGAAGCCAAACCUAAUGUUGUUGAUGAAAAGAAAUCUCAAAAGAAGGACGAAAUCAAGCCUGACUUUAAACUCAACGACAUUAACAUUACAGUGAAGCGUGGUGACUUGGUGGUCAUUGUAGGUUUAGUUGGUUCUGGAAAAUCUUCGUUAUUAUCAGCUCUCAUUGGAGAAAUGUACAAAGAGAGUGGAAAUUUGCAAGUUUCAGGACAAGUUGCCUAUGUUCCUCAACAGGCUUGGAUUAGAAAUGCCACUGUUAGAGACAAUAUUCUAUUUGGAAAACCAUUUAAUCCAGAAAGAUAUCAGCAAACAAUUGAGGCAUGUAGUUUGGAGCAUGAUUUAGAGGUGUUGACGGCAGGAGAUUUAACUGAAAUUGGUGAAAAGGGAAUCAAUAUUUCAGGAGGACAAAAACAACGUGUCAACUUGGCAAGAGCUGUCUAUGCAGAUGCAGAUGUGUACUUGUUCGAUGAUGUUCUCUCUGCAUUGGAUCAACACGUUGGACGAUCUGUGUUCCAAAAUUGUAUUUGUGGACUCUUGAAAAACAAGACACGUGUGUUAGUGACUCAUCAAUGGCAAUACCUCAAGGAUGCCGAUCACAUCAUAAUUAUUCAGGAUGGUAAAAUUAUGGCUCAAGGAACCCAUCAAGAAUUGGGGCGAAGCGAUUCACCAUUUUCCUCCAUUCUGAAAAAUUACUUCAACAUGGAACAAGAAGAACAGAAGGAAGAAGAAAAAGAAGAAGAAAAGGGAAAAGAUGGCAAAGCAGCCAAGAAGAAAGACGGCAAACUCAUGAGUACAGAAGACCGUGCGGAAGGAAGUGUGAAAUUCAGUGUCUACAAAUCCUAUGUUCAAUACGCUGGAGGGUAUUUCAUAUUUGCCAUCAUUUUGCUCCUCUAUAGCUUGUCUCAAGCUUCUAACAUGAUUACCAACUGGUUCUUAGCCGAAUGGUCCAAUAUUGCCACAUCUUCGUUACAACCUGACGAUGGUCGAGAUAGACCUUCACAAUUCUAUCAAGGAUUAAUGAGUACCAUGCAAAGUGGUGGUAGUGGUGGAAACAACAACCAUGAUCUCGGUUACAAUUUGCCCAUGUACAUUGGAAUUUAUAUCGCUUUGGGUGUUGGUGCUGCCAUCCUCACAUUCUUACAAGAAUUAACCUUUGGUCUUUCAGGUUUAAAGGCAUCGAAGCGAUUACACAAUAAGGCUCUCGAACGAAUCAUGAAUGCACCUACAGUGUUCUUUGAUACAAAUCCAGCAGGUCGUAUCAUUAACAGAUUUUCCAAAGAUACUGAAGCUAUUGAUUCCUCUCUCAUUGGAACUUUGAAAAUGUUCAUGUCAUGCUUGUUCCAAGUGAUUGGUACUCUUCUUCUUAUUGGGUCAGUGAAUUACUUGUUCUUGAUUCCAAUAUUCCCAAUUCUUUUCAUUUACUAUUACAUUCAAAAGUAUUACAGAAGUACGAGUCGUGAAUUGAAGAGAUUGGACUCCAUUAGUAGAAGCCCUCUUUUUGCUCAUUUUGGUGAGACAUUGACUGGUGUGGCCACCAUUCGAGCAUACCGUAGAAAAGAAGAUUUCAUGCGUGAAAAUGAAAAACUUUUGGAUCGAAACAAUAAGGCUUAUUUCGCUCAAUUAGUUUCUCAGAGAUGGCUUGCAUUCCGUUUGGAACUUGUUGGAGCACUCAUUGUUUUAUUUGCAGCCUUGUCAGGUGUCAUUGGAGGAUCUUCAUCGGCAAUGGCAGGUCUCACAUUGACCUAUGCUCUCAGUUUAACAAGUACUGCCUCAUGGUUGGUUCGUUGUGCAGUUGAGGCUGAGGCUUCUAUGAACUCGGUCGAAAGAGUCUUGUAUUAUUGCGAAGAAAUUCCUCAGGAAGCUUCAAAAACCAUUGAGGACACAAAACCUCCAGAAGAUUGGCCACAAAAGGGAGAAAUUGAGUUGAGACAUGUCUACCUCAAAUACAGAGAAGAUCUCGACUUUGUACUCCGUGAUUUGAGUUUGCACAUUUAUCCAAGAGAAAAAGUUGGUGUCGUUGGUAGAACAGGCUGUGGAAAGUCAACUUUAAUGCAAGCAUUGUUUAGAAUGACUGAAAUUACACAAGGUCAAACCAUAAUUGACGGAGUGGAUGUUGGACAAAUUGGAUUGCAUGAUCUACGAUCAAAAUUAGCCAUCAUCCCACAAGAUCCAGUCAUGUUCAGCGGAACCUUAAGAUUCAACUUGGAUCCAUUCGGUGAAUUUGAGGAUUAUCAAAUUUGGCAAGCAUUGGAGCGAUCUCACAUCAAGGAUAAAGUCUUAAAUCUUGAAGGUCAAUUAGAGUCCAAGGUUGCCGAGUACGGAGAAAACUUUUCACUCGGUGAACGUCAAUUACUUUGUGUUGCAAGAGCUAUUCUUAGAAAGACCAAAAUCCUUAUUAUGGAUGAAGCUACCGCCUCUGUAGAUAUCCAUACAGAUGCUCUUCUCCAACAAACCGUGCGUACAGAAUUUAGUGAUCGAACUGUGUUAACAGUGGCCCACAGAUUGAACACUAUCAUUGACUCGGAUCGUAUUCUUGCUUUGAAAGCAGGAGAAGUCGCCGAAUUUGACUCUCCAAAGAAUUUACUCACUCGACAAGAACCCUCCAUAUUUGCCUCAUUGAUUGAGGAAACUGGUAAGGCCAACUCCUCCUAUCUCAAGUCCAUUGUCUUGGAGGGUGUGGAUUAUUUGAGCGAAUUGAAAAAAGCUGAGCGACAAGCUUCAGAGCAUGAACAUUAA